AUGGCUACCGUUGAAAGCUUUCGUGCACUUUUGAAACCGUUGAUCGUUUUCUCGAAAAUAAUAGGAGUGGAAAUGUGGACGGCUCCGGGAAAAUUUCUACCAGCAUCGUGCUAUCUUUCGGUACAAAUGGCUAUUUACCUCAUCAGCACUGUAUUUACAGCAGUCAAGUACAGAGCUGAUUUACUUCAUUUGAUGAAAGUUCUCGUUACACUAGGUACUGCUCUACAGCUUUACGUGAAAUUUUUCGUAGCACUUACAAAGGGAAUCGAUGUAAUGCUACUCACAGAAACAAUAGAGCGUGAAAUUCUGGAACGAUAUCAGAAUGGAACGAAGGAAGAAGUUGCAGUACUCGAUCGAACCGGGCGCUACCUUUGGAUCAUCUAUCGAACUAUGCGCCUAGUAUGUAAUGUUACAGCAGUCAUCUUUCUGCUGUAUCCUUUAUUUGCCUAUUGGACAAUAGGAAUAGCAGUGCCGUUCUUGCUCCACGAGCUACCGUACCUUGAUUUUACCACCACUACAGGAUACGUUCUGAAUUUGUUGUUCCAACUAAAUCUCAUUGUAAACGGUGUAAUGGGAGUAAUACUGUCUGACUUCUUGUACAUAAUGUUUGGAAUGUACGCAAUGGCGGCAGCAGAUAUUUUCAUACUGCAUCUCGUAGAACUGGAAUCCAUGUUAAAUGAUCCAAUGCAGGAUAAUACAAACAGGCCAGAAGUACGAGGAAUAUGGGCACAGUGCUUGUACGAUCAUCAGCUGGCAACCAGUAUAUUCAACAACGCAGAAGACGUCUUAGGACUCCAAUGCCUCGCACAGGUGACGUUGGGUGUGUUUACCUUAUGCGAUUGUAUGCUGCUAGUAGCGUUGACAGAUUGGUAUCCUACGUACUGUUUUUUCCUGGUUAUGUUUACGGAACUUUCAAUCUAUUUUCUCGUUGGAAAUAUCAUUGAGCUUAAGAUUGAUGAAAUGUACAAUAAAAUAAUCUCGAUGCCGUGGUAUAAGUUACCAGCGAAGGCACAAAAAGAGUUUUGCUUUCUCAUGGCCAGACAACAGCGUCCCAUGAUGUUUACAGCGUAUGGAUUUCAUCCAAUGAAUUUUGAGGCAUACAUGUCUGUGCUAAGAGGCUUGUACCAGUUUUUCGUAAUGGUUCUGCAGUACGUUGGAUAA